AUGUCAAGUUUUGUAAUUUUUUCUUAUUUCUGGCUAGUUUUAGCUUAUGGUAAUGCUCAAAAUAAUUUCAUCGUAGAUUAUUUCAGUUUCAAAAAAACUUUAAACGUAAUCGGAUUUUCCUGUUACAAUGAUGAUGAAAAUUUGUCACUAAUAAAGGACUUUAGCCAAAAUGGUAUAUCAUCAACUUUAAACGGAUUACACAAGGAAUCCAAUAUUCAUCUGUUAGGUAAAAGUAGUUACUGGAAAAUAGGAAUUUUUUUAGAUUUUAGAUGCUUUGAUGAUGAAAGUAUAACAUCAUUAUUUUUCGACGCUUCAGAGAAUAGAUUGUUUGGAGAACUGCAUUAUUGGCUAAUUUUUUCCAAUGUCUCGAGUGUCCUGAAGGUCAUAGAUGAUCGAGCAUUUGGUCUUUCGACGGAUGUAGUAGUGGCAGAGUUUUCGAAAGACACAGAAAGUUAUACUUUAUAUGACAUUUAUAAUCAAUCUAAGGAACGCGGUGGGGUUCUAAAAGUUUUAUUUCUUGGCACUUGGAACAAAAGAGAUGGUAUUAGCCUCGUCCAGAGUUCAAAGUUCAAUAGACGAUCCAAUUUAGGAGGAUUUUCGUUAAAGACAAUGUUUUUUAAGAGUUUAUAUAAAUCGAAUGAUGUUGCUCUGGAAGACUAUCUCGAUGAUUUUUCUCACGCUACUUUAGAUGGAAGGUCAAAAUAUGGAUAUCACAUAAUAAAGCACCUCUCGGAAUUAUACAAUUUUUCAUUGGAAUAUCUCGAAUCACCAGAAUGGUUAGCUGGAGACCCCAAUGGUCCUUUGGUACAAGCUUUGUUUAACAGUUCAAUAGAUUUUAGUGGCACUCCGUUUACCAUGAAUAUUGUGAGAACUCAUCUCGUGAGAUUUGUGCAUCAGGAUUGGCCAUUUCGCACUUGUUUUAUCUUCCGGAAUCCUCAGCCAAAUAAUAUUAAAAUUCAAGAAAUUCUACGGCCUUUCACGAAUAACGUAUGGUACAUGACAAUAUCAAUUUUUAUUUUCAUCAUUGCGGUACUAGUCCUCGUUCUACACAAAGAAAAAUUCAACAGUAGUUUUGAAAUAUAUUCAAACUCAGUUCUUAUUACAAUUGGAUCGAUUUGCCAACAAGGCACCGACGUACAAAUGGAUCACGCGUCAACUCGAAUGGCUUUCAUAUCUAUCUUGGUAUUUUCGUAUUUAUUUUAUAAUUAUUAUUCAGCCUCAAUAGUCUCUGCUCGACUGGACGAGCCGAUUUUCAAGAUCAACGACUCGUUGAACCAAUUGGGUAAAAUAAAUUUAAAAAUGGCUUCAGAAGCUAUGAUUUAUCUGGAUUUUUACCUAAAAAAACCUGACUGGGACACUAGAAUGUUCUACGAAAAUUAUUGGUCUAAAUUGGCACCAGCUGACUGGUACAUGAAUCCCGAUAACGGGAUGCAACUUGUGAAAAAAGGAGGUUUUGCCUACCAUACUCAUCCAGACAUCAGUUAUCCAAUUAUCGAUAAAGAUUACAGCAAUCGCGAGACUUGCGAACUCAUGGAAGUUCACUUGGCGAGACCUUGUUUGACGACCUUUGCCGUGACCAUUAAUAGUUCAUUGGUGGAACUCGCAAGAGUUGGAUUGACAAAAAUCUCAGAAGUUGGCAUCAGGCACCGGCAUAUUUCUAGAUGGUCGUAUAAAAAACCCAAAUGUAGGAAGGAUAUUCUCAGCGCGUCCAGCAUUAAUAUUUACGAAUUUGCGCCUCAUUUGUUGAUUUUACUGAUAGGCAUGAUGGCAUCUGUCUUUUUUUACGCUUCAGAGAAUAGAUUGUUUGGAGAACUGCAUUAUUGGCUAAUUUUUUCCAAUGUCUCGAGUGUCCUGAAGGUCAUAGAUGAUCGAGCAUUUGGUCUUUCGACGGAUGUAGUAGUGGCAGAGUUUUCGAAAGACACAGAAAGUUAUACUUUAUAUGACAUUUAUAAUCAAUCUAAGGAACGCGGUGGGGUUCUAAAAGUUUUAUUUCUUGGCACUUGGAACAAAAGAGAUGGUAUUAGCCUCGUCCAGGGUUCAAAGUUCAAUAGACGAUCCAAUUUAGGUGGAUUUUCAUUAAAAACUAUGUUUUUUAAGACUCUAUAUAGAUCAGAUAAUGUUGGACUCGAAGACUAUCUUGACGACUUUUCUCACGCUACUUUAGAUGGUCAAUCAAAAUAUGGAUAUCACAUUGUUAAGCACCUCUCAGAAUUAUACAAUUUUUCUCUUGAAUAUCUCGAAUCAUCGGAAUGGUUAGCUGGAGACCCAAAAGGCCCUUUGGAACAUGCCUUGGUCAACAAUUCCAUAGAUUUUAAUGGUAGUCCAUUUACCAUAAACUUAGGAAGGACUUACAUUAUAAAAUUUGUUCAUCAGGACUGGCCGUUUCGUUACUCAAAACCUACGUCUUUGCAACAAAAAAAGUUGAAUGCAUUUAUCUCAGGUACCGACGUACGAAUGGAUCAAGCAUCGACUCGAAUGGCUUUCAUGACUAUCUUGGUGUUUUCGUACCUGCUUUAUAAUUAUUAUUCAGCUUCAAUAGUCUCUGCUCGACUGGACGAGCCGAUUUUCAAGAUCAACGACUCGUUGAACCAAUUAGGUCAAAUAAAUCUGAAAAUGGCUUCGGAAGCAAUGGUUUAUUUAGAGUUUUUUCUCAAAAAACCUGACUGGGACACUAGAAUGUUCUACGAAAAUUAUUGGUCUAAAUUGGCACCAGCUGACUGGUACAUGAAUCCCGAUAACGGGAUGCAACUUGUGAAAAAAGGAGGUUUUGCCUACCAUACUCAUCCAGCUAUUGCUUAUCCGAUUAUUGAUAAAGAUUACGACAAUCGUGAGAUUUGUGAGCUUAUGGAAGUUAACCUGGCGAGACCGACAUUUACGUCCUUUGCUGUGACCUUAAAUAGUUCAAUAGUGGAACUCGCAAGAGUUGGAUUGACAAAAAUCUCAGAAGUUGGCAUCAGACACCGGCAUAUUUCUAGAUGGUCGUAUAAAAAACCCAAAUGUAGGAAGGAUAUUCUCAGCGCGUCCAGCAUCAAUAUUUACGAAUUUGCGCCUCAUUUGUUGAUUUUACUGAUAGGCAUGAUGGCAUCCAUUGACUCAAUGGAUUUGUAG